CCUCCGGCAGUAGCUCGGGUGGAUCCGGGCCCGCAGUUAUCUCUUUGUUUAAACCGUUGGAGAAGCUGGGACGGCCAAGGUUGAGAUUGUGUGUUUUAUUUUAAAACUGUUAAUUUAUGGAGACUUUUGUUUAAUAUUAAAUUCGGAAAUAUUUUGGACAGUCACUUUUGAAAGAAUUCAUUUGUUUUCUAUUGAAGAAAACGGCCUUGGCGUGAAAGGAUGGAUGGUUCGGAGACGGGAGGCCUGACUGCAACCCGGCGCCAAGAUAUGCCUGAGCUCCCAGAUUCCUCUGCUCGCCACCAGCUGUCGGGUGUGGACGUGGGACCCCCGGAGCGUGGGGAGGAGAAACCGGGUGUGGGCUCACAGCCGGAGGGAGGCGGGGGCAGGGCCCCCGGGGCAGGGCAGCCGUGCCCGGCCGGGCUCCCCCUCCCUCCCCGGCGCCGGGGGCAGCCCUACCCGUGCGGCGAGUGCGGCAAGAGCUUCAGCUACCCGUCCAAGCUGGAGAUCCACCGGCGCACCCACACUGGCGAGCGGCCCUUCGUCUGCGCCGCCUGCGGCAAGGGCUUCACCGAGUCGUCCAGCCUGCUGACCCACCAGCGGGUCCACACCGGCGAGUGGCUCUUCCUCUGCCCCGUCUGCGGCAAGGGCUUCACCAAGCCCUCGCACCUGCUCACCCACCAGCGGGUGCACACCGGCGAGAGGCCCUUUGUCUGCCCGCUCUGCGGCAAGGGCUUCACCCAGUCCUCCAACCUGCUGACUCACCAGCGGGUCCAUACCGAAGAGCGGCCCUUCUCCUGCCCGCUCUGCGGCAAGUGCUUCAAGAGCGCCGAGGAGCUGAAGAAGCACCGGCAGGUCCACACGGACGAGCGCCCCUUCCGCUGCUCCGUCUGCGCCAAGGGCUUCCGCAUGUCCUCGCACCUGCUCACCCACCAGCUCAUCCACACCGGCGAGAGGCCCUUCACCUGCCCGCUCUGCGGCAAGGGCUUCACCCAGUCCUCCAACCUACUGUCCCACCGGCGCAUCCACACCGGCGAGCGGCCCUUCGCCUGCACCCGCUGCGGCAAGAGCUUCCGCAUGUCUGCCCACCUCCUGGCCCACCAGCGGGUGCACACCGGCGAGCGGCCCUUCGCCUGUGCCCGCUGCGGCAAGGGCUUCACCCGCUCCUCCUACCUGCUGCGGCAUCAGCGGGUGCACCUGCUCGACCCGGCGGCGAUGGGACACAUGCAGGACUGAGGCGG